AUGCCGGGCCAACCUCCCUUAACAGGCCUCAGAGUCCUCGAAUUCGCCGGCCUAGCCCCAGGUCCCUUCGCCGGCCUGCUUCUAGCGGACGCUGGCGCGUCCGUCCUCCGCAUCGACCGCCCCCUUUCUCCUAAUUCCCCACCCCCUCCCGCAGCCGACCUUCUAACCCGUCACAAACGCUCUCUGGCUCUGAACCUCAAAUCCCCCUCUGCCAUAAAAUUAAUCCACCAACUAGCCUCCAAAGCGGACAUUCUAAUCGACCCCUUCCGCCCAGGAGUUCUCGAAAAACUCGGCCUCGGUCCCGACGUUUUGUUGGCCAUCAACCCCCGCCUAAUCUACGCCCGUCUAACAGGCUUCCGCCGAGACGGACGGUUUGCACACAUGGCAGGGCAUGACAUCAACUAUCUCUCCAUCUCUGGCGUUUUGUCUCUGCUCGGCCGGAAGAAUGCGCCGCCCACACCCCCCGCCAAUCUCCUAGGCGACUUCGCCGGCGGCGGAGCGAUGCUUGUGCUUGGAAUCCUGCUCGCCCUCCUCGAGAGGGAGAGAACCGGGAAAGGGCAGGUCGUAGAAGCAAAUAUGGUCGAUGGGGCGGGGUAUCUGGCGAGCUUUGCACGGUUGGCAAAGGCGAGUGGCACGCCGACGUGGGAUAGGCCCAGGGGGGAGAAUUUGCUGGAUAGUGGGUGUCCAUAUUAUGAUACUUAUCAGACAAAAGAUGGGGGGUGGAUGGCGGUCGGAGCGCUAGAGCCUCAGUUCUUUAGCGAACUGCUCAAGGGAUUAGGAUUGUCGGGUCAAGGUUGGGAGAGGAUGCGGUAUGAUCGCAAACAUUGGCCUGAGCUGAGGAGGGUGUUUGAGGAGACGUUUAGGAGUAAGACGAGGGCGGAGUGGGAGAGGGUGUUUGAGGGGACGGAUGCGUGCUGUACGCCUGUUUAUGAAUACGAUGAACUGUUGAGGGACAGCAAAGAGAAGGAGGGGGAGCAAAGGCCGCCUGUUACUUUGAAGGAGACUCCGCUUUUGGCUGUGAAGAAGGGGGCUGCGGAUGCGAGUCAGGGGCAGGGGCCUGGUGUUGAGGGCGAGGGGUAUGUGGGUAUGCCGUUGGCUCCGGGGGAGGGAGGGGAAGAGAUUUUGAGGGAGUGGCUUGGUUGGAUGAGGGGGAAGGAAUAUGAGAUUAAGGAUGGGGGUGUGCUGGUGAAGGAGAAGGCAAAGUUGUAG